ACAACAGUUGUUGUGUUGAGAGAGAGAGAGAGAGCACUAUAUAUGUGAGUGAAUGAGUCAAUUGAAUGAAUGAAUGAAUGAAUGAAUGAAUGAAUCAAUCAAUCAAUUGAUUGAUUGUUAAUAUCAUAUGAAUCGCCAUUUAAUUGAUUGUCAAUCACUAAGUCAUCGAUGGUAUUGAUAUCAAUGAUCACAUAUGUCUUAGCCAUGAGUUAACAUUAUCACCGAAUUAGGUGUCAAAAGUAUUUUAUAAAAUAAAAUCACAAAUUGACAAUUAGUUGUCAAUAUUUUGUUUUGUUACCGAUUGAUCCAAUCAAUUGAUUGCCGUAACGAUUGGCCACAUCGGUGGUGGCCAUAAGUAAACACAUUGUGUUUAUCGCAUUUGUUUGUCUAUUAGAUCCACAUUUUGUUGUCGAUUCUUAAUUCGUAAGCCAUGUCUUCUUCUAAGCGUUCGUCGUCUACCGAUUCGUCUUCCAGUUCGAGUCCCAAGUCGUCGGCGCCGCCGAAGAAACGACAACGGAUUGUAGCCGAACAGCCGAGACUAGUGGUCGCAUCGCAAGAGGAACUGGAUAUUGGCGUGUUGCGAUACCAAAAUCGUCGAUUAGCUGAACGACUUCAGCAACGACAACGACUGGAGUCCGAUCUCAAGGCUCGUAUCGAGCAGUUAGAGAAAAAACAGACCAACGAUGAAGCCAUUACUUAUGUGAUCAAUAGAUAUUGGAAUCAAUUGAACGAAGAUAUUAGGGUUUUGUUGCUUCGUUUUGACGCCGAAACCAGCGAUGAAACGGAAAACAAGAAUGAAAACGAAGAGACGACUAGUUUUUUGAGACAACUGUCCAAUUGGGACAAAGAAGAGAUGGAUAACAAUCUGAAACAACGGGUUCAGGUGUCUACAAGAGCUGUAGCUAAAGUGCUUCAAGCAUUUGACCGAAUCGUUCAGCGAAAUAACAAAAUAAUGUUAGCUUUAAAAGGUGAUGAAAGUGAAGGAUCGCCACCCGAUUUGAAUGAAUCGGUCAAAAAGGCCAACAUUGAGCUGACCAAUGAAAACAAGAGUCUUAACUGUUUGGUUACUUCGUUGCACGAAAAACAACAUAAGAUGGGUCUCGAAAUGGGCGAACUUAAGGACAAACUCGAGAUUAAUGAACAACAGAUCGAUGAGCUUAAGAACCGAAUCGAUGACAUCGAGUUUGAACUCAACAGAACCAGAAUUAGAGAACAACGUCUUGAGGAUCAUCUGUACGAAGCGCGAGAAAAGCUAAGAGAUGUGCAAAAUACCAGCACUAAUGCUCAGAACGAAGAAUCCAAACAUACGCUUUCCGGCGACGGUAUCAGUCAUUCAAAGGUCGAAGACUUGAAACGAGAACUCGAAGAGCAAAAAGAUUUGGCACAGAAUAGACUCGUAGAACUGGAACAACUCAAUAAAGAACAUAAGGAUACAUUAAAAUUAGUGGAAAAAUAUAAAAUGGAUUUACAAUGUUUACCCGAAUCGGUAAUACUGGACACACCAGAGUACAAAUGUCUUCAGUCGCAUUUUUCGGUACUAUUCAAUGAGUCGAUGCAAUUGAAGACACAGUUGGAGGAAACCCGGACACAGUUGACCAAUGCUAAGAAUACACAUCUGCGACAAAUUGAACACAUGGAGAGCGAAGAGCUAACUAUGCAAAAGAGAUUGAGAACAGAAUUGAUGCAAUUGGAGGACUCGUUAGCACAAGUGAGGAAAGAAUAUGAAAUGUUAAGACUAGAGUUUGAACAGAAUCUUGCGGCCAAUGAACAGACUGGUCCUAUCAAUCGUGAAAUGAGACAUUUGAUUACAAGUUUGCAAAACCAUAAUCAACAGCUUAAGGGAGAGAACGGCAGAUUCAAGAAGAAACUGAAGGAUGCGACUCAUGAGAUAUCGAAACUCAAACACAAUUUGGAGUCUAAUCUCAAUAAAGAUGACAAGUCUAGGGAUAGGGAUUCGUCUAACGUUCCCUCAUCUGCUGACGUUAAGAGCGAAUUAAAGCCAACAACCAGUGAUUCUGUUAAGGAUGAGCCGCACAUUAAAGAAGAGUUGGAUAUAAUUGAGAUCAAAAAAGAAAAGACUGACGUUAAGCCUAAUGUUAAUUUCCAACCACAACAACCAAUUCCCACGACAUCCCAGCAAUCAUAUCAUUUAGGUAGUCAUCAACAACAACAACAACAUCAUUCCUCACACCAUAAGCACCAUCACGGCGGCCAACAUCCAGUCAAAAAAGAGUUGGACAGCGAACAGUCAUUUGCCGAAUCCAGUGAACGCAAGUCUGAAAAUGAUUUAUACCGAGAGAUUCGCGAUCUUAAGGCACAGCUAAAGAUGUCACAACAGGCACAACGAGAACUGAAAUUAUUGUUGGAUAUGCAUAAGUCUGUAGACAAAGAAAGGAGAGAAAAGGCACAACUUAUGGCCUGCGAGAAGAAGGCUAAGAUCGAGUUGGAAGAGCUGAGACAACAGAUGAAGAAAAUGCAGGAAAGCGAGCGCAGAGAUCGUCGAAAAUUGGUCGACGAAGACAUUCUCAGGAAACACAGUAAAUAUGAAGAUAUGAUUCAACAGAUGCAGAAAAAUUUGGCCAUUCAGAAACAAGAGGAAGAAGCUAUGCUUAAUGAAAUGGAAGUAACGGGACAGGCAUUUGAAGACAUGCAGGAACAGAAUCUAAGACUUAUACAACAGUUACGGGAAAAAGAUGACGCAAACUUCAAGUUGAUGUCCGAACGAAUUAAAUCCAAUCAAAUUCAUAAACUACUAAAAGAAGAGAAAGAGAUGCUCACCGAACAAGUGAUCUCUCUUCAGGCUCAGGUCGAGGCCCAAAAUCAAGUGGUGCGCAAACUGGAAGAAAAAGAACGACUGCUUCAGAAUAAUUUGUCGACAAUUGAAAAAGAGUUGAGUCUAAGACAACAGUCGAUGGAAUUGCAUAAACGAAAAGCUGUUGAGUCGACACAAUCGGCAGCUGAUCUCAAAUUACAUCUGGAAAAGUAUUUGGCACAAGUCAAGGAAGCACAGAGUACUGUCGCUGAAAAGACCAGUGCGUGGCAACAGGAGUUCUUCAAAACACAACGACUCCAAGAGGACGUCCAGUUUUUUAAGCGAAAGUACGAAAGGGCCAAAAAGUUUGAAUUGGCCACAACUGCUGAUGAAGUGCUUCAGGAGGAGAUCCGUGAACUUAAAGAGGAACUUACCUGUCCGUCAUGUAAGACAAAACGCAAAGACGCUGUACUUAACAAAUGUUUUCACGUGUUUUGUUUUGAUUGUCUGAAAACACGAUACGAAACCCGACAGCGAAAGUGUCCCAAAUGUAACCAAACGUUUGGUGCCAAUGACUUUCAUAGGCUUUAUUUGGCCUAAAAAUAUUUGAUAACUGAACUAAUAAUUUAAUUUAACUUAAUAAUAAUAAUAAUAUUAAUUAUAUUUAAUUAUCAGCACUUAUUAA